AUGAAGAUGGGAAAACUAGUUAGAUCUAGUGUCACCAGGAGUAAACAAAGAGUAAUCAUGUCUACUGGACAACCUUACAACUAUUCCAGUGAUUCAGAUACUGAAUCUCCAUUUAGAGAUCAACUGAAUCAUACUUCAAAUAUUCAACUCCCACAAAUAAACUUAAACCAAAUCCGGAAACAGAAUCUUCGAAAGGACACCACAUCACCCAAACAAAAUCUAGCCAAAGCUACACAAAACCUCGCAAAAGCCACCAAGAUAAAGAAACCCAAGAACAAGAAACGAUAUCCUGAUUCAUACAACCCCCAAAACCCCAAAGAAGCCAUUUCCGGACCUGAUACUACAUAUUCAACAAGCAGCGGCUCAGAAGAAGAAGAGGGAGAGGAUGAUGAUGAGGCAGCAAAGUUGGCACAAUUUAGAUUUGGAGCUAUUCACUCAGACCCAACAAUCGCAAGACACCACCAAGAUAACGAAGACUACCAUGAUAACCUAGAACCAAAUCACUUAUCGAUCCCUCCUCGGGAAAUUUAUUCAAGUUCAUCAGAUGAAGAAGGGUCGAUACCGCCGAGAGAGGAUAUAGAUAUAACGGAUCAAGCAGGUCGGAGAUCAAGACAAAGUUCAAUCCGGUCCAAAUCAUCACUUUCCAACUCCCAACCAAAAAGAAAAAUGAGUAAAACUGGUACAAAUAGUAAUAAUAAUAAAGGAAUCAAAGGAAUAUUACGAAAAAUGUCAUUAGCAGAUCGGGGUGAUCCAUUUGCGAAUGAGUCAUCAUUUGAGCACCCGCAUCAGGAUCUAUCAAGAAGUGACACAUUUAUUGCCAGGAUGUUAAACUUUGGCGGUCCAAGUGGGGGUCUAAGUGGAGGUGGAUUAGUCCCUGGUGCAUCAAGAGUGAGUCGAAACCAGAAUCCAAUUCAAGAUGAAGAAAGAAGAGUGGGGUUUUCGAAUGUUGAAGAUGAUAGGGAUGGGAUUGAAUUGAGGCAAUUAAAUUUUGAAGAAUUGAAUGAAGAAGCAAGACAAUUGAUUUCUCAACAUGUGCAUGAAGCAAAAGAUCGCUAUCAACAUAGUGAAUCAGAACAACCCCAGGGACCAUUCCGAACCGAUUCAAGAGCAAGAUUGACGGAAAAUCAAAUGGGAUUAGACGAUAUUCGAGAAGAAGGAAGUAGUAGUAGUUCGAGUGAAACAGUUACAAAUAAUUUACAACGACAAAAAUCAAUCCAUCAUAACUCAGAUGAUGGAUUCUAUGCCCCAAAUCCUGAACUAUUCUUACGUGAUGAAAAUCAAGAUGAUGGACAUAAUGAUUAUCUCCAAGAUUUGGAUGGAGAAUAUAUUAAUCGUCCCCAACAGGUUCAUGCAGGAGUUUUAUCCUCAUUGUUAAGAUUAUAUCAGAAUCCUCAGGCCAAUAAAUCAUCGGUAUCGACAUUGACGAAACAAAGUACUUAUGAUGAUAGUGGGAGUGAAUAUUAUUAUGAUUCUUCAAAGGGAACCCUGACUUUGGAUAUUUUGAAACAGGGUGGAGCAAAGAUGAAUCCCAAGAAUAUCUUCAACAAGAAUGGCAAGAAAGGACAUUCUUCUUCAACAUCUAAGGAUUUCUCAUCAUCUGAAAACGAAUAUGACGAACCUCAUGAUGAUGAUGAUAACGAUGAAAAGGAAGAUUUCCAUCUUCCUUCUUUCCAAAAUGCUAAACCCAAAAAAGCACCCAAAAUGAAAUCUUCAGCUGAACCAACCAAUAAAUUCAAAUUCAAACAAAAUAAACGAAAAGAAGAAAGAUUAAAAAUCACGGUCCAUAUUGCCGAUAUAUUACAACGACAACGAUUUAUCAUGAAGAUGUGUCGGGCAUUAAUGUUGUUUGGUGCCCCCACCCAUAGAUUGGAAGAAUAUAUGAUUAUGACUAGUCGAGUGCUUGAAAUUGAUGGACAAUUUAUCUAUUUCCCGGGAUGUAUGUUGGUUUCAUUCGGUGAUGCCGCCACCAGAACCUCAGAAGUUCAUUUGAUUAGAUGUACUCAAGGGUUAAAUCUUUCUAAAUUAAAUGAAACUCAUCGUGUAUAUAAAGCCGUGAUUCAUGAUUUGAUUGGGGUUGAAAAUGCAACGAAGAAAUUAGAUGAUUUAUUAGCCAAAAAGGACAUAUAUCCCCCUUGGUUAUGUGUGUUAUUUUACGGAUUGGGUUCUAUCGCAGUCACCCCAUUUGCAUUCGAAGGUGGAUGGAUUGAUGUACCUAUAUGUUUCGCGGUGGGACUUUGUGUCGGAUUUCUUCAAUUUUAUGUGUCAUCGAUGUCGCACUUGUAUUCGUCAGUAUUUGAAGUCUCCGCCGCUAUUGUUGUUUCAUUUAUAGCUAGAGGAAUAGCAUCAAUUAAUCUGGGUGAUACAUUUUGUUUUUCAGCCAUUGUUCAAGGAUCUUUGGCAUUGAUUUUACCAGGAUAUAUUAUCUUAUGUGGGUCUUUGGAAUUACAAUCACGGAAUAUUGUUGCCGGAUCAGUUCGAAUGUUUUAUGCGAUUAUAUAUUCACUUUUCCUCGGGUUUGGUAUCACUCUAGGGGCAGCAUUAUAUGGAUGGGUUGAUAAAAAUGCCGUCCUGGACAAUUCAUGUCGACCUGGUCAUGCUAUGGAUCCAAAAUUUAGAAUCUUGUUCGUGCCAAUGUUUGCCCUCUGUUUAGGAUUAAUUAAUCAAGCUCAUUGGAAACAAACUCCAAUAAUGAUUAUUAUUGCCAGUGCUGGUUAUGUUGCGACAUAUUUCGCCGGAUUACAUUUCUCACAAGUAACUGAAUUUACUGCUUGUAUUGGGGCAUUUAUAGUUGGAAUUUUAGGGAAUUUGUACUCUAGGAUCGGGAAGGGGAUGGCGGUAUCGGCGAUGUUACCGGCUAUUUUCGUGCAAGUUCCAGGGGGACUUGCAUCUAAGAGUACAUUGAUUUCGGGUUUAGCUACAGCUGAUCGGAUUACCAAUAAGAAUGGAACGACAACGACUGGUAGUACCACGGAUAGUGCUACCUCUUUAAGUUUUGGUGCUGCUAUGGUUGAAGUUGCUAUUGGGAUUAGUGUUGGGUUGUUUGCGGCUGCUUUGGUUGUUUAUCCUUUUGGAAAGAGAAGAACAGGAUUGUUUUCAUUGUAG